AUGUCUAAUUACCCUUUAUGGCUGGCGCUAGUCAUAGCGUUGGUCGCGAGUGCUGGCUAUACCACAGCCGCACCGGAAAUACCCUCAGCGGAUUUACCGCUAGAGGCGCGCAACGGCGGCGACUCUGCUGAAGACGAAGCGCUCAUUUCCACCAGCUACGUGUUGCCCAAUCAGAUCUUCAACGAUGGCAAGCCAUAUUAUGCAAGUAAGGAUCCCAUUUCCGGUCAGUUGGACUUUAGCGCCAAGAAGCCAGCCGGUAUUGAGACCGCGCUGAAUGAGGUGAUCGAUCCGAAAGAGAAGAUUGUGCUAAGCAGUAAUGCACCGAACAUACACGACUAUCUGAAUUUGCCCGUGAAGUAUUCGUCGUCGAAAUUCGUUUACCCAUUGGUGUCGAGCUCGUAUGCAAACCUCAAGUAUCAGGGUAGCAAUAAGAAUUACAUAACAAAUAAGAAACCAACAUCGGUGGUGGCGACACCGGUAACACCAGCGCCAAGCCAAAACUAUUACACCGUACCGACUACGAAGUUAAUGGCCGUGCCACCCACAGCGCCGGGUCUGCAUAGUAGCAGCGCGCCCACAACGACUGCAUCAGCAACAACCACAACUACCACUAGCACAAGUAAAGCUACCACAACCACCACAACAACAACUUCGCAGCAACCCACAACCAGCGUUACGACAUCGAAUAAACCAAGUAGCACUUCUACUUUGCCUGCCACCACAAGCACGUCAUCCACGACAACAACCACAUUGGCACCGAGCUCCCCCAAGUAUACGACCUCCACGCGCCGACCGCUGCCAACAUUACCAUCCAGCGUUUCGCAAGCGUUCGAUAGCAGCACACGCAAGAAGUUCAUACCGACAAAGAAGUAUACACCAACUACAACAACAACUGACAGCGCCACAGCCACAACACCCAUGCGGUUCCCAGAUCAAGCGCCCGUGAAUACCACAAAGACUGCGCCGAAACCAACAACAACAAGCACUACUUCGUAUACCACGCGCCCACCUAUCGGCGCCGGUGCCGCAGAUUCCUCUUCGUCCACCAGCCAGUACGUGCCAAGCACUAAACAACCCAUUCUCUUCACUGAGGGUCCAAACGGGCAGUUGACUUCGGCGUUACCAACACCAGUCGCUACAAAUGUGCCGGAACUCAAUAUCGCCGACGUUUAUCAGACUCUCGGUCAAAAGAAUAUUGAGCAGAAGAUCGAGCAGAAACCAUCCAUGUCACUUGCGGAUAUAUUCAAUAGUUUGGCCGAUGAAGAAUCAGCUGUAGCUGCCCAAAACCAAGGUAGUCAAGGUUUCGACGCACAAGGCAACUAUAUGCAGCCCAUUUCGCUGUCGAAACCGGCACCAUUUGCUAUGCAACAACAGCUUCAAUAUCAGCAGCAACAACAACAGCAGCAGCAACAAUAUCAGCAACAACAACAAUAUCAGCCACAGCAACAACAGCAGCAGUAUCAGAUACAACAGCAACAGCGUCCACCACAACAGUCCACACAUCCCACAUACCCAACCCAUCCCACAUUUACCACACACGGCUCCACACCGCUAUCGGGUAGCAACAGUGAUCAGAAGGUGAUAUCGGGCAGUCAAGAGAAUUAUAGCGGUGAAUAUGUGUCGUAUCAGGUGCAAAAGCCGAAUGUUCUGCAAUAUCGUCCAGCACCGGGAGCGAUCAAUAAUGUUGUCAUCUCACCUGGACAACAUUCGGCCUCCUUUGUUUUGGGCAGUCAGCAACAAGUGGGUACAGCAGCGUUCGGCUCGGUGGAGAAGGAGCCAUUGUUCUCCAAGGAACCACCAGUACAAUAUGGCACAGUAAUAAGCGAGGAUAUUAGCGCACUGAAGCGUCCGGGUCAAGUGGCACCCGCACAAGCUGGCACAUUCCCACCAGCACAGGUAGCUUCGAACUUCCAUCAAAACGGUAACUUUGGCGGCAGCGCCGUUGGUCCCACACCACCGUAUGUACAACGUCCCCUGGAUACAAAAGCACCCGCUACCACAUAUGCCGAAGAACCACCAGCGCCACCAUCACCGUAUCAACAAUUGCCACUGAUCGGCUCCAACAUGCGUCAACGCAAACCACCAAAGCCACUCGCUUUACCACAGACAGCACCGAAAGGCAGUUAUCAACCGGCCGGUCCCACACAAACACCUGCUGGGCAAGCCACAGCAUCCACUGAGAAUAAUAGUGCGCAAGAUACGAAAGAAUUGCUCGUCUCCACAAACAUACGCUUCCCAUCGAACGAAGAGCAAUCCGAUGAGGAACAUUCAGUGCCAGUCAUCGCUGGACCACCCGCUGGACCGCAAGUCAAUGGACAUGCACAACCGCUGAGUCUUCAGCAACUGCAAAAUGCCAAUAACGUCGUAUUUCCGAAGGCCGGCGAAGAUGGUAUAAGCAAUACUGCAAUCGGUGACAUACAGAUUCAGAAGCAUGAGGUACUCACUAUGAAUCAGCAUAAACAGAAAUUGAGCUUCCCACCAACCCAACAGGAUCAAAAUACACCCUCACUGCAUAUGGAACCACCACCACGCUUCCCAGCAACCAUCUCCAAUGCCAUACCCGAGCACAGUGAGAUUCACAAACGUCCCCAGCCUCCGAACCGCCCGUUGGGUCCUUCGUCUUCAUUUACUUACAGUGAUUACACGCGGAAACCAAUUGCCGGUAUUACACGCCCUAGUGCAGAACGUCACCUACCAAACAUAUUGCCACAAUUCCGUCCCAACGCUAAAAUCUCCACUGGACACCCACCUGCGCAGAACUUCAAUCAGGAGCCCGGUAAUAUACGUAUUUCCGGCCAAACGCUCAAACGACCAAACAACUCCCCACAGUUUGCGCACCGGCGUCAGCCACUUUUGCAGCAGCAGCAACAACGUUAUCCGCUUAAUCGCGCCGCUGACUUUGGUCCUGGUGCACCAAUGGCAACAGAUGCUAAUCGUCGAGUUUACCGUUUACCGCCCUAUGGUGGUCAAGGUGUGCAGUAUCUAGACCGCAUGUAUCCCAGACGUCCACUGGCUUCACCACAACGUGGUGUAGAUAAUUAUGAAAGACACGCUGCCGCUUCAAACUCCGAAGUUUAUAAGACGAUUAUGGCGCCUGAACGUUUGGCUGCUUUCGAAGAGGAAGACUUGGUCAUCAACGAUCCACCACAACCAGUUGCAGCCGCACAAGAAGAACAAAGUAUUGAUAAAACAAAGCUCGAACCGGUUGUAACCUUACAAAUGCUUCAGUCUCAGAAGAAACCGCUCUCGCUGCCGAGCGAUGAUACAGGUUCUGGUGAAAUUCAAGUCACCGCAGCAUCGGAACAAAUAGAGCCACAACUAGAGGGCGCUGCAACACAAAACGGACUCUACCUGGUAUAUCCCUCCAGAGGUGAUAAGGCGAAAACACAGGAAGUCGGUGAUAUAAAAGAUCAAUUACCUGCCAUUGCACAUGUGGAACCACCCACAGGUAGCGACUAUCAAAAUACACCUUUUUCAGUGGUGCGCGAUCAACCGCAGGAGCCCAUACUAAAGAACAAGAAACCGCAAUCGUUGCAACAACAAACAAAAGCACAAAUGAUCAAAGACAAAUUCCCCUAUCCGAUUGAGAAGCCUGACCCCUCCUACUCGGAACUCAACAUGCCUAUGCAUGCUACUGUGGUCGGACCACGUAUCAUAAAUGGUGCUUAUGGCGUGGGCAUGCCCGACACGCCGAUUGCUAUAGCCUACAGCCCAACAGAGCCGUCACCGUAUCGUCGUGCCGGUGUCAGUGGACCACCGCGUUUUUCGAACGUAAAUCUCGCUUCAUCUGUCAUCAGCGAAAUCCGCACAGACACACAAACCGAAGAGGGUCUCAGCAAUGACUUUGAUACACGUGGUCAGAAUUUAGAAAAGAACUUCAUGGCACCAUUCUACCCGAGCGUGAGUCUUGGCAGUGCGACAAAUGCACCAUCCAAUGGUUGGAAUAUUCUACCAUCCACAACGGGGAAGACAAUUUACGAAAAGCAUAACAUCAAUCGUGCCGACGUAGACGAGACUGCGUCCGCCGAUUUUGCGGAAACGACAACCGCGAAGUCUUUCGAGAUGGAUAGCUUCCAACCAGAGUUGCAGGGCGGCUUCAAGCCCAUCUAUCCACCAGGUUACAAGCUCGAAGAAGAAGAGCAUGCGCAGGCGGAACCCGAAGAAGUAUUUGUAGGUGAAAAUGAUAAGCCAUUAGCGUUGGCGAGCUAUAUGCGUUCGGAGAGUCAGGAAGUCGCGGACACAAAAACCAGCGCAGCAACGAGCACCACAUCGACAACUUCGACAACAACCACCACCACCAGCACUACAACAAAACCACACACAAGCACUAGUGAAAACCCCAAAAAUACAGCGUCCACCAGCGCCACCAGCACCAGUAGUGCGCCGACAAAUCUCAACGUCACAACCAGCGCGGAUACAACAAAGGCACCCAUUACAACAACCACACCUACGAAAAAGACAAGCACAUUCGAAACUAGUCUCGCUGCUUUACUCUUCGGCGACGACGAGGAGUUCGAGAACGCUAGUGAGGCCAGAAAACAACAGCCCCUAACGGCGACGGUUGAGACCAAAGCCGUUAGCGCUGGACCACGUGCGGGUGCGCCACGUAUGGGUCCACGCAGUCUGCAGUUCAGUUAGAUGCAUUGAAAGACAGCGUUGCACUCAACACAUUCAGCGCCCACAGUCAGACUUAAGUGACGGGUGGAAAAAUGGCAAGUUCUUAGCAUAAUAUUUUUUUUUUGUUUUUGUUUGUGGAAAUCUAGUUUAGUUUAUUGCUUUGUGUAAUAAUUGAAUUCACAAUUCACUUUAAUAAUGAUUCCCGCAUAAUUACAGUUACAAAAACAUACACACAUACAAUAUUUAACUAAUACAUAUACACAUAUACUACACAAAGGCAAUUGCAAAGGCCGAAAAGCAGUUAUUCAUAAACGCUCAAUUAGUGGGUGCGUCAAUAGCAUUUAGUGUGACUUUUGCGAGUCUGAUUCGAAAACCGUUGAGCUGGUGGAUGUCGCAUUUCACCACUACAAGCAAACCUCACAAACACGCCGGGCCUAGCGCAAGCAGACUGUGUGUGUUUGUUUCUUAUUGGACUCCCGAAUCGUCGAGCUACAUUUACUCCUCUUAUAUAUGUAUGUAUGCAUUCUACAAAGACAGGAAAUGCCAAUUAAAAUGGA